AGCCUCUUCGCCGCCACCACCAUCACCACCACCAUCUGCUUCGACACUUGAGUGUGAGUAGGCACGCUCUUGCGCUCUUGCUGCUCAAACAGUAACAUGCCGAGACGCAAUUCACGCUCAGUAUCUCCUCGGGAGCGAGACCGAGACCGUGAACGGGACCGUUACGGCGACAGAUCUCGAGACAAAGACUUGGACAGACGGGAUCGCAAACGUCCGCACCACGAGGAAGACGCGGAAGACAGGCGGAGGUCUCGUCGGACGAGAAGUCGCACUCCUGACACCGACCAUGAUCGCUCUAAGCGGGGAGAGACAGGAGUCGCAGCGAAGAACGGGACAAGAAGAAGUAUGCGCAAGCGCGACAAAUCCGCAGAUAGGAAGGCACGGAAAGCGGAGAAGAAGCGUGCCCGGGAGGAGGAAGAGGCGCGACAGGUUGCCGAGCUGAGCGUAUACAGCGCUACAGACAAUCCGUUCCACGAUGUCAACCUCGGGCAGCAGUUCCGGUCUCACCUCGAAGAAUCGCAGAGGAGAGAUGCGCUUCGGCGACAAGAGGCGAAGGAGGAACUGGAGAGGCUGAACCGCAGGCGAGCGGAACGUGAGGCAGAGCAACAGCUGCGAGAAGAGGAAGAGGUGAGGAUGCAUAGGUUGGCGGAGACAGUGCAGAUGGCAGACUGGCUGUCCAAAGAGGAGGAUUUCCAGCUCGAGCAAGAGCGCAGGAGGGCUGCCAUCCGCAUCAAAGAGAAGAGGGCAAAGGCUAUCGACUUCCUCGCGCUCAAUCUUCGUUACGUCAACCCUCCGCAGGAAGACGAUGAAGAUGGGGAAGGGGGAGGGAAGAGGAAGAUGAUGCCUUACAACAUCUUCGAUAGCCUUACGCCGGAGCAAGUGGAAGAGUUGCAUGAGGAUAUUGAGAAAUACCUAAGGCUCGAACAGUCUGAGGUCAACCUCGAAUUCUGGACGAACAUGAUGGUUGUGUGCAAGGAUCAACUGGACCGUAUCAAGGCAUCUAGACGUCUUGGAGUGGAAGCCGCAGCCGCAGUCGAAGUAGACAUCACAGCGCUUCUAAAGGGCAAGUCCUAUGAGCACCUCGUAGUUCUCCAGAAACAGGUGCAGGCGAAAUUGGCAAGCGGGGAGCCCAUCGAUACCGACUACUGGGAAAGCUUGUUGAAGAAACUACUAGUCUGGAAGGCCAAGGCCAAGUUGAAGGCUCUUCAUGAGGUAGUGGUCCGCAAUAGGCUCGAACAACUCCGUAAGCGGCAGAGGGACGAAGCAUUACAAGCCCAGGAAGAGCUUCUUGCCGGCGUCGCAAAGUCUGCUUCGAGGGGCGACGGCCGCAACGUGGUCCCUGUUGUCACUACCGCGCAACAGGAGGCUGAGGCAACCGAAGACGUCGAGGAUUAUGACAGGUCCAUGAGCCCCCCGCCUGUCGACAUCCGGAAGUUGUCUUAUGAGGAGCGUCAAAUCGACAUCGUGACUGCGAAAGAGGAUCUGCGCGCAUUGAUGGAACAAAGACGUUCAGUCGCUGGAUCAAGAUUCGUCCCAAAGACUGCUCAGGCGCCUGUAGAGGUGGAAACCGUUGAGCCCACAAGCAGCGGAGCUGACUUGGCUUCUGAAGCGCUAUAUCGCGCGGAGGCUGAAAGGGAGUUAGAUGAGGAGGAGGAGCUUUUCAACGUCGAGGAAAACAUCACUCAUCCGACAUCCUAUAACUGGGAGGACAAGUACCGACCCCGGAAACCUCGCUACUUCAAUCGUGUCCACACUGGGUACGAGUGGAACAAGUACAAUCAGACACACUACGACACGGACAACCCUCCUCCCAAGGUUGUGCAGGGAUACAAGUUCAACAUCUUCUAUCCCGAUCUCAUUGACAAAUCGAAAGCCCCGACAUACAAGAUUGUCAAGGAGCCAGGCAACGACGAGACGGUGCUACUGCACUUCAGCGCUGGCCCGCCGUACGAAGACAUUGCGUUCCGAAUAGUCAACCGUGAAUGGGAGUUCUCGCAUAAACGUGGCUUCCGUAGUAGCUUUGACAGAGGGUGUCUAUCACUUUGGUUCAACUUCCGGCGCAACUUCUACCGCAAAUAAUAUACUAUUGGGAGGCUGCAUACAGACAGCGACAUACUGUGCUACUCCAGGCUCACAGGGCCGUCUUCAUGCGGUGUACCGUGUCACCCUCACCAGACUCGUCACGGAACUUGCUGUACACUAUACGAAUCACUCCCCUGUAUGGUAUCUACAUGUUGUGUCUGA